AUGUCUAGGAAUACAAGAAGAGGGCAAGGUGUAAGGGACCCAUUGCAACAAGAAGAAGUGGCUCUUGUAGCGCCCUCUAAAAUCCUUGCUAACAUUCUCAAAACACUGGAUUUGACAUUUGACAAGGAAGUCUGUAUGCUGAAUGGAAAAUUCGUGCGUGUACUUCCGGAUAAAACUGUUUUGACAGAAUUACAAGGCCAAUUAGAAAAACUUGAUGAGGUAUUAGCAAAAAUCGCAACUCGUGAUCAGGAAACGGUAGACAUAAUUCGAAAUACUAGAGACAAGAUACGGAAGCAUGAGCAGAAUAGUAGUGUUAAUGCUGCUGCUAGUAAAAGUGUUAGUGCAAAGAAUCUGACGAUUGCAAAAGCGGACAGUUCAAGAAAAGGUAAACAUUUGGAUAAAAGUAGUACUACCGACCUUGCCACAAAGGAUCCUUUACCAGUCAAUGGAUUCAUGACGAAUACAAGCGGCUAUGUUGCCAGAUCGUCGGCUUCACAGCAAAGAAGCGACCUGGUUUCCAGUGGAACUACUGCUACUGAAUCAGUGGGCAUGUCUGAUACUAAAAUACACUCUCAGUCAAUUAGCCAAAGCGAUGCUAGACAAGUGGACUCUAAAACUUCACAGCGACAUACUAUAAAGAGGCGGUACUCAAACACAGGCGAAAAGGGAAUUUUCUCUGAAGCAACUGCAUCUGCAGAAGAACCAGUUACGAAAAAGGGGAAGUUGGACCAGCAUAAAAUCUCAGAUGAUCCACACGUUAAGAAUCCGAAGUCGGAGUUUGUGGUAUCUCAGACUUUGCCAGUAGCGGCCGUGCAGCUUGGAUUAUUCACUGACCAGGGGUUGGAAAGUACCGGUGAAGAAUACCUGAAGAAAAAGUAUGGAGUAGCUAGUUAUCCAACUAACGAUUUAAAGGAAUUGUUGCCCGGUGAGAUUCCAGAUAUGGACUUCACAAAGCCAAAGCCUUCUAAUCAGAUCCAGUAUAACACUUUCUUGUCGUCGAUUGAAAACUUUUUCCGCGAAUUUACUGACGAAGAUAUUAAAUUCUUGCAGACGAAAUACAUCAUUCCCCAGUCAUUACAAGUUCAGAAGCAAUACGAUCCAGACGUAACACCAUAUGUAAUACCGAAAUUAGGACACCUUUAUACCGAAACUUGGAUCAAAGAGGAUAAUAAUCAGAAUGUUGCAAAUAUCACACCUCCACAACUUAGUGAUCCGAUCAGCGUAUUACCAAAAAAGUCAUCCAGUGAUUUGAACGAUGAGUCUUUGGAUACUGAAAGUAUAUCAUGUGGGCCACUUGUAUCUAGGCUACUAUCGGCUAUUUUGAAGGAUACUAGUAAUAGACCUCAAUCUCCUGUGAAGGAAGAGCAAUUAGAAAGCAACCUCCAAAUGAAUGCUAACACAAUAAUGGAUGACGAUGUUGUACCUACGCCCGAUAUGAAAUAUGAGGGAAGUAAUCUUACAAGCGCUGUAUCUGCUUCAGCAGAUAAUGCAAAUGCUGCUGUAGAGGACAUCAAGGUACCAACACCAAGUGCUUCAGCAAUUCCACAGCAACAAGGUUGGAAGGUUCCACCUGUAAGUUUAGAUUAUCCAACCUUCGAGGAACGGUUGAAAAGAGAACUUCGUUAUGUCGGAAUUAUGAGUUUGGCAAAGGAUGAGAAUGGUAUAGAUGACCCUGAUUGGUUGAACAGAAGAGAAGACGAUGAAAUUAGUGCAGAGCUACGUGAAUUACAGAAUACACUAAGACAAGUUACGAAGCGCAACGAGCAGCGUAAAACCAUUUUGGUGCCACUGGUAGAAAAGCAAUUGGCAUGGCAGGAGUAUAUGUCUAUCUUGGAUGAUUUGGACAAGCAAGUUGACCAGGCAUAUAUAAAGCGCAUACGAGUUCCAAAAAAUAAGAAGAAAAAGCACCCUACUACAGCUUGUGCAUCAAAUCCAAACUCUACCUCACAAGCUGCCAUACAGGCAGCACACCAGCAAGCUGCAAAUUCAAGCUUAAAAUCUUUAUUAGAUAAGAGACAGAGAUGGAUUUCCAAUAUUGGGGCCCUGUUUGAUAAACCUGAAAAGAUGAAGCGCAUUCCGAAAGAAAGUGUUUUCAAGGAUUUAGAUCAAGAAGAGGAAGAAGAGGAAGGUGAUGUAUUUGGCGCAAACGUAAAUAAUAAAGAUGACGAAGAACUAGGAACUGACGGUUUACAAAAGUAA